CAGUGAAGGCACUUUGAAAGCUCUCCUGAUUCUGUGUUAAAGUCAGGAAGUUCCUCUUGAUGCUCAUGUUAUGAUUUUCUUUUCCUAAUUUUAUUUCACAAACUGUAGAUAUUUUGGAAGUAGUGAGUUACCUACUGCAUGUCCUCACAGUCACAUUAAAAAGAAUUUGUAGUGCAGCCAAUGUGUGUGUGCAGUAAACCUGUGACACCUUAGGCCUGUAAUACCCGCUCCGUCCUGAAACAUUGGCAGGAGGUGGGAAUUGUCUUUGCCAUACUGACUUUGCAUAUACACCUUGGUUUUGCAGGUAGGCUUGAUUUUGAGAGAGGUAUGUGGGACAAAGGUGCCUGACCCUAUUUUGUCUUCUCACUGUGUUAGCCCCUGAGUUUCCUUGGGUACACAUCACUGUUGCUUGUUGCUGCAGAUACUGAAUUUUCUGACAUGAAAAUGUCCAUUUCUUUAAAUGGAAACAGGAUCUCAUUCUCUUCUGGGUGCCUAUAUGGCUUUAGGGGUCAUUAAUUCAUAACUGGAGUUUGCCACUUGUUGAAAUGCCUUUGUUGUGGGCUCUUGGUGCUGUAAAGCACCAUGCCUGCUUCCCUUUGGGCUCCAUUCUCUUAGUUCACUGCCACUUUUGUUCAGCCUGGGCUGGCCAGCGUUGCCUAGUCCUGUGUGCUGGUGGGUUUGAUGCUGCCCACUGGUCAGUCACAUUUGUUAUGCAUUUACAGUCUGUGUUCUUGUAGCGGUUUGCAGGUAGGAACAAUCAGUUAUUUUUAGAGUUCAAUAUAAAAUAAUUGCACAUUCAUUUCCAAUCCUGCCUGUAGCUCUAGUAAGCCUGGCACUGCUGUCACUUGUCAUAAUGGGUCACUGGGCUAUGCCCACAGGCCAGAGGACACUGAUAAUAAUGAGGCCUGGAAGGGUUUGAUGCUGCUCCCUUCUUGCCCACUCUGAAGCUGAAGGAGGGUGCUUAACAAUAUGAUCUAUACUUUUCCAGGUGCUGGCCUACUCCUGUGUAUACAGCUACUAUAACCAGGAUACUGAGAGCAUGGAUAUUGUGGAACAGCAAACUGAGAGCCUGGAGCUGCUCACUAAUGCUCUGCAGAUCCUUCUGGAGGAAACCCUGCUGCAGUACCAGGAUUUGGCCACCUCUCUUCAGCUCCUGAAAGCAGAGCACUUACACGUGGGUUUGGAGUUGGUGCGGCAGAUCAAGGAGCGUCUCUUUGCAAUUCUCUGGCACUCCACACAGGAUUUCCAUGUUGGGCUCCAGGCUUCAGGAGAUGCUGUCCAGAGAAAGUUGAAACUUGCAAAUGUGCCUGCUUCAGCCCUUGCAUGUACAGGGCAAAAACGUAUCAUCCUGACUCCCUCCAACACAGAUGAAGGUGACAAGGAGGUUGAAGAUGAGGAGUAUGAUCCACAGUGGCAGGAAGACUAUGAUGAUGAUGAUGAUGACCUUGAUGAAGACAACUUUAUGAUUGAUAAUGAUUCAGAUUGUGAUUCCUACUUUGAUGAUAAUGAUAGCUAUCGUAGCUAACACUAGAAAUGUUCUGUCUCCCAGUCAGCCACCUUGGACCUCUGCUCUACUUUGUGUCAACCAGUUUGUGUUAAUGUUUUUCCUGAAAGGCAGGGAGGAGCUCUCAGAUGGAAAAAAACAUUUCCUCUGAGAGGUUUCUUGCUCAGUGACUCUCGAAUAUGCAGGAACAUGCUCUGGGCAGCUGGUCUGUGUUACUGUGGCCACGUCUCUGAGAAAGACAUCUCCUUGCCUUUUUUGCUUGUCUCCAGUUCUGCCUGUAGGUAUUUAAUUGUAUUAGCAAGUCACAGCCCACGUGCAGAGUGAGGACCACUUUCCACCUGUUAAAGGGAUGCUCCUUGUCCUUGGUGUGCUCUCCCCAAGGGAUGGGCACAAGGGAUGGUGGCACAAGUCCCAGCACAGCCCUGUCUAGCAAUGGCCAC